AAGCAAAGAGGGGGGGAAAAGGAAGAGAAAGCUCCCCGUCGAAAUCCAUCCGCAUACUUGGCACCCACCUCAGGCACAAAACAAGGGGAUAAAUCCAAGGGGGGAGACGAGGCGGGGAGAGGGAAAAAAAACCCUACUUAACCGACAGUCUCGCCGGCGGGAGGUAGAAGCGCGGCGCGGCUAGUCGUCCAGGCGGCCUCCACGCGCGCCCGCGGGUGGUUGCGGCGGCGGCGGCGGCGGGGAGCUGGGGGUCGUGGGGGCGGAGUCAGAUGCGCUCGGAAUGGGGAAGCCCGUCGAUGUCGAGCUCGGCGGCGCGGGAGGCCUCGCGAUCGCCGGCGGAGGAGGAGGAGGGGGAGGGUGGGGGUGCGGCUUCGCCGGCGCGGUCGGCCGCUCCGUCUCGUUCCGGUGCGUCUUCGUGCUCGCGCUCGCUGUCGGGGUCCUCGUCCCGGCGCUGUUCCUCCUCCUGCCCUCCCGCCCCAAGGGUUACCUCUCCAGCGACCCCGACGUUCUCGCCGCUGAAAUCCAGGUUGGUUUCACGUUGGAAAAGCCAGUAUCGUUCCUCGCUGCUCACAUGGACAGAAUAGGGAGUGACAUAUUUGAAGAGAUUGGUGUACCUAAUAGCAAGGUUUCCAUUGUUUCGAUGCACUCUUUAGCUUCUAAAUACUCCACGCGUGUGGUUUUUGGUGUUCUUCCUUAUCCAAAAGAUGCUUCAAUAAGUUUGCCGGCCCUUAGUGUACUGAGGUCAUCCUUAAUAGGGAUGAUGCUGAAGCAGCUGAACCUAUCCUUGACACCAUCAAUUUUUGGUUAUCCAUCUUCCAUCGAGUUGUUGGGAUUCCCUGGAGGAAUUACUGUUGUUCCUGCGCAAUCUGGUUCUAUAUGGGCAAGCACAGACCCACUAUUCAACUUUGUGCUGAACAACUCCAUUGGUCAGAUCUUGGGUAAUCUUACAGAGCUAAAAAAUCAAUUGGAAUUUGGAUUGAACUUGAGGUCCUAUGAGAGAAUAUACUUGCAGUUCAGGAAUGAAAUUGGUUCUUCAGUUGAAGCCCCAGCAACUAUUGAGGCAUCGGUGUUAGAUGGGACUAGUAUUCUGUUGCCAUAUAGAUUGAAACAACUAGCUGAGCUAAUCAAAGAACCUGACGCGAGGAACCUUGGGCUUAAUCACUCUGUAUUUGGUAAGGUAAAAGGAGUUCAGCUGUCAUCGUAUCUGCAACACUCAAUCUCAUAUUUAUCUCCUAGUCCAGCUCCUUCACCAUCUCCAUAUCCAUCCCCCUCUCCAUCACCUUCUACAAGUGUACCACCAUCUUUGUCGCCAUCUGGGAGUGUCCCGUACCUUGCACCCCCAACCUCUAGUCCCUCCCCUCGGGCUUCUCCCCCUUUACCAAACCACCCCCCUUGUUUUCCAUGUUCUGACUGUAACCCCUUUCCUCCAGCUGGUAGGCCAAUGUUAAAACCACCCUGCUUUGGUAGUGGCCCUAAGCUGCCUCCAUUUGUGCAUUCACCACAGCCAUCUGCUGUUCCAUCCCCCCCAGUUCAUAAACCAUACCUUCCUCCAGCAUUUCCACCAAUCCCUGGCCGUGUAGAUCCUCCCCAUCCCUUACCAUCCCCCAAUCAUGUACCAAACGCAGUCCCUGGACCAACUUAUCAAAUGAUGCCGAUACCUUCACCCCCAGUGCCUCAUUUUCGACAUUCCAUUCCUCCACGGAAGAAACGAAGUGGCACAACAACCAAGUCUCCUCCAAUUGCUCCAUCUCCGUAUUGUCUGGUGGACAUUUGAUUUAUUUCUCUGCCCCUGGGUAAUUUAUGAGCAAAAUAAAUCUCAUUCGAGUGUAAACUUGCAGCUCUCCUCCAUUCCUGAAGUGAUGGUCAGAUUGCUUCCAAUGUAUCUGCUCCAUUGUUCACAAAUCUAUCCUGAAUAUGAGGUCGAUGUGGUUGCAAUUUUGCUGCUUGGAACUUCCUGAACUGGGAAGAUGCUGCAAAGGCGGGUUCUGUGUUUCAGUAAAUUUUAACUGUAUGGUGAAUUCCGGACCAUCUGAGGCGGAUAUAACUGUAGAUAUAGGUCUAUAUUAUGCUAAUUUACAGGGCUUUAUGUCACGAAGGUGGCUGCCUUACGCCUUUACCAAAUUGUAAGGUCUCACCGAAGGGUUGGGGACUUGUGGUAGAGAAGAAUGUGUACUCUUAAGGUCUCGCCGAAGGGCUGGGGGCUUAUGGUAGAGAAGAAUGUACUCAUGCUCUUACCUGUGACAUAUUCAGCAUACUACAACGCUCAUCUUUGAUGUGGCAUUUCA